AUGAAGACGGAUAAGCAGCAGAAACAGAAGAAGACUUACGAGCCUCGGAGGUUCCGGAAGCGCCGCGCCGCCUCAGCUACUGAAUCAAAGCUCCUCCGCAAGACAAGAGCCAAGACCUCUCCUCCGCUCCGGCCCGCCUCCUCUCUCUGCGGACGGCCCUCCGCCCGCAUGAAGUCACGGGCCACCGAGCCGCCAGGCUGCCGGGCCGCCGGACCACCGAGCCGCCGGACCGCCGGGCCGCCGGACCACCGAGCCGAAGCCCCGCCGGGCCGCCGGACCGCCGGACCACCGGACCACCGAGCCGAAGCCCCGCCGAGCCGCCGGGCCUUUUCUCCCUCAGUGAGUCAAAGCCCAGAAGAGAAAUCAUUAAAAAGGAGAACCAAACGUCUCCACAAAGCAGGGAAAGUCUGGUGGGACAUAAACGGAGCGGUGCUGCGUUCAGGAAACGUUUUUCUGGACCCUGAUGGGCUGCAGGCGCCGCUGACCUCAGCAGAAACAACCAACGAGGACAUGAAGACGUCUCCGGCGAACGGCAUCAUGGAGGAGCACUGCGGAAACGUUGGAAGUCCUGAGUCGGUUUCAGAGAAACGUUCCUGCCUGGUUUUCCGACCCACGUUUCACUUUUCCUGGUAGUUUGGUUCCCUGGGAAAUAAAAUGUUUUUGUACUUUU